UUUUAUGCACAUUUUCUCAUCAAUCACAACUUAGGAUAAUCUAAAAGUCGUAUUUUUGGUGUUAUUAUCUAAUACUUCAUUCAUCAAUAUUAUCAACAAAAUGUGAUGCAGUUACCUAUACCGAUAAGCUGGAAUAACGAACAUAAAAUUCCAACUGAACAAUUCAAUAACGAUUCAAUUUCAAUUAGAAAGAUAAAAACAUCAAUCACUAACAACUUUAAUCCAACUAUAAAAUUAUUCAAAGUGAACAUUUUCAUAAUGGAUAAUUUAGAAGAAGGUAAUAUUGAGACAGUCAAAUCCAACGGUCCAUCAAAUCCAAGUGAGACACAGCUAUCAUCAAAGAGUUCAAUAGUUCCGCUAUCUCAUUUAACAAACCCAAAACAAUCUAAAACCGAUCCAUUAGGUCUUGUUAUUGCAAAACGUAAACGUAAAGAAAUGGCUGAUCCACAAAUAGCGGAAGCAAUAUUAUCUGCGUCAAAAUUACCCCCGCCUAUUGUACCAGAAACUACAAAUUCAGUGGAUGUUCCAGAAGAAUUGUUACAAAUACUAGCAUUAGCUAAAGAUUAUGAUAAACAUGACACUGCUAAUGUCGAAUUUUUCAAGAACUACUCACUUACAAUUCCUAGAAAACCAAUAAACACUCAAGUAAAUAAUGUGACCUAUGCAAAACGUAAACGUUUAUGCAAGCUGUCAUCAUUAAAAAAGUAUUUCAUAACCAAAGAUUUUAUGGAGGACACUGAAGAGACUCGAACUUUAGUACAGAAUACUGUUCAUACAGAUGAAGAAUGGUUUAUGGAAAGUUUUCUACAUGUUUUAUGCAUUUUACUGAUUAUACUUACACUACCGUUAUCUCUGAUAUUUUGUUUAAAAGUUGUAACACACUAUGAAAGAGCAGUACUAUUUCGCCUUGGAAGACUGGUUUCUGCAACUGCUAAAGGUCCAGGUUUAAUAUUUGUCCUCCCCUGCUUGGAUCGUUACCGCCUUUUGGACUUACGUACUUUUACGUUUGAUGUACCUACACAGGAAGUGCUUACAAAGGAUUCUGUAACGGUUGUAGUAAAUGCAGUUGUAUAUUACCGUGUAAGAGAUCCAGUACGUGCUGUAGUUAAUGUUGAAGACGCUAAUCGAGCAACUAGAGUUUUGGGACAGACCACGCUACUUAACGUACUAGGUACCGUAAAUUUGGAAGAAUUACUCACUUCCAGAGAAGAUAUUGCAGCUUUGAUGCAGGAAUGUUUGGAUUCGGUCACAGAGGCGUGGGGUGUAAAAGUUGAGAGAGUGGAAAUCAAAGACGUUCGUUUGCCCAUACAGCUUCAAAGGGCAAUGGCAGCAGAAGCAGAGUCUGUCAGAGAGGCAACAGCUAAAGUUAUAGCCGCUGAGGGUGAAAUGCGUGCAUCUGGUGCUUUAAAAGCAGCUGCUGUUGAAAUUAAGCAACAUCCAAUAGCAAUGCAACUGCGUUACCUUCAAACAGUAAACAGUAUUUCAUCUGGGAAACAGUCGACUAUUAUUUUUCCUGUUCCUUUAGAUUUAACUUCAGUGUUUCGAGCACAACUUGAUGAUAUUUUUUGCGGGAAUAUUUUCGAAAAUGUAAACUUUAAAGCAGACAAUCAACUUCGACUUAUAAGCAAUAAUGAUGAUGAGGAUAGCAAUGAAUAUGAAAAGGAAAGCUUGUAUAACGUAACCGGUCAAGGAAACAAUAUAACAAGCUCCUUGAAGAUGCCAUUUCAAAUGUCAGCUGAUGAAUUUAUGGAAUCCUUUUCACAAAUAGUUUAAACAUGUAGUUUAAAUUCUACAGUACUAAAAUCUGUCAAUUAUAGAUCCAUUCUUUGAUAUUCACAUGUUUUAUAUGAUCUGCCUUCAAUUCAUAAUUUAGGAUGCCAUAUCUGCAUUGUAUAUAGUUCAAAUUACUAAUAGAAAUACAGAAUUUUCCUAAUUGUUUAUUUCGCUUGAGCGACGCAUAUUUUCUUCUCUCACAACUAGCUAAUGUAGAAAUAAAUAUUUCAUUAACAAA